AUGCCGGUGGCCUCCACCCCAGCCAUCAACACCCCCGUCCACUACCAGUCCCCACCACCCGUGCCUGGAGAGGUCCUCAAGGUCCAGUCCUACCUGGAGAACCCCACCACGUACCACCUGCAGAAGUCACGGGACAAGAAGGUUCAGGCUUAUCUCUCUGAAACCUAUGGGAACAAGUUUGCUGCUCACGUCAGCCCCGCCAGCCACUCUCCCAAGCCACCCCCCGCCGCGUCCCCCGGUGUCCGACCUGGCCAUGUCAUGUCCUCCUCGGCUGGCAAUAGUGCACCCAACAGCCCCAUGGCCAUGCUCAACAUUGGCUCCAACCCUGAGCGGGAGUUCGAUGAGGUCAUCGAUGACAUCAUGCGCCUGGAUGACGUUUUGGGCUAUAUGAACCCUGAAGUCCACAUGCCCAACACACUGCCGAUGUCCAGCAGUCACAUGAAUGUCUAUAGCGGGGACCCCCAGGUGACAGCCUCUCUUGUAGGUGUCACCAGCAGCUCCUGCCCUGCUGACCUCACCCAGAAGAGAGAGCUGACAGAUGCUGAGAGCCGAGCCCUGGCGAAAGAGCGCCAGAAGAAAGACAAUCACAACCUG